GCGCGCCGACCCUUCCACCUUGUCACCGGCGCCGGCGAACCCAUCAUGUGGUAUCUGCCAGACACAGUGCCGAUAGAAACGCAGAAUGCUGUGUUCCGGGAUUUAGCGCUGAUUGCGCCGGCGCUCAGGAACAGCGUCGUCCAGAGCAGUCUCGAUGAUUGGCGGUGCUCAAGGUACCUCUUCAAGGAGGAUACCCGCAGCCUUCGGGCGGCUCCUGGUUGCAUCAACGUAUCGCCCGGAUGGUUUGCACAAGGUCACAAUGUAGCUUCACUAAACCUUCGCGCCGGGUCAUCACAAGCGAUGUUACACGAGUGGGUGUCAGCGUCGGCGCACCCAAUGGCCAUCCCCUCAGCUGUACUGGCAAUAAUUCAUCCCCACCAAUAUCAGCAAGGAUUGCGAUGCAUGCGCCGGCUGCGCCGCAGGACAAUCCUGAAACCAUUUGUUGACAGCUGGGCCUCGGCGUUCAAUGCCAUGACAGUCAUCUCGAAUCGCGAGACGUUAUAUCAUCGUGAUGGCGGUGGUUGCUUUCAAUGGUACGAUGUACUUGGUACCUAUGGGCAGUAUUCACGAGGACUACUUUCAUUCCCGGCGCUGGGGAUUGACCUCGACUAUCGCCCAGGAACAGUCGUUGCAUUUGCUGGCAAUGUACUCCGUCAUGGAGUACCUCAUCCCGACGGUGAACGUGUUUGCUUGGCGCAUUAUAUGCGAAAGAACCUACAUGAGUAUGUUCACACAGAGCAUGCUCAGUGGGGUGUUUGU